AUGUUUCUCAAUUUUCGUAUACCGCAAGCAACAUUCUAUGAAAUGGAUAGUAAAUAUUCUCGGAUACAAAAUUAUGUAAAUCAGUCGAAAAGUAAUCAAUCAUCUACAACAGAUGAUAAAGAUGAAAAUGAACGAACAUGGCCACGUAGUAUAUUUCAAACAAAUAUAGGUCGUUUACAAAAAUUUUUUAAUAAACAUUCCAGUAUAUUGAAUGAUGGAACACCAUCAAGUACAGAUGAUAUACAAGAAUUAUUACAAAAAGGAGAUCAUGAUCCAAUUUUACCAUCAUUGACUCGUAAACAACGUAUUCUUGGAUUUAUGAUGUGUCUUGUAAUGGGUCUAUUAUUUAUGGCAUUAGCAACACUUUACAUUCCAGUAAUUGUAUUCAAAGCAAGAAAAUUUGCACUACUUUUCUCAUUUGGUAGUUUAUUUUUUCUAUCAAGCUUUUCGAUGCUUUGGGGUCCAAUGAAUCAUUUGAAACAUUUACUAAAUAUCGAUCGUUUACCAUUUUCUGUCAGUUAUUUAGUAACUUUAAUUGGAACAAUUUAUUAUUCUGUUUGGGUUCGAAGUUAUUUCUUAACUAUCAUGUUUGUUCUAUUACAACUUGGUGCUCUAAUUUGGUAUAUAAUCUCAUAUAUUCCUGGUGGUGCGCAUGGUUUAAAAUUUUUUUCUAAACUUUUCUAUACAUUCGCUUCAAAAACUGUGACAACAACAUUAUCCGUCUAA